UCGCGCUCUCAGUAUCCAACUAAAUCCAGCGAAGUCAACACCAGCCCGACCGUACGAUCGAGACUAUAAGUGUUUCAGUGCCAAGCAUAUUUAUGUUUACAAUUAACGUCGCCAGUGAAUUAGACUGUUGUGUUGCAACUCUUGAAGUAACGAACGCUUGAUCUCGACUAAACUAAACUCUACGGAUCUCAUCGCCAUCAAAAAUCAGAAAAGCGAGAAAGGGCACUUCUCGAGUUGUUCUCAUUUAACAUACUUUUUUCGAUCUCCCAAAUCACGGUUGCCAAAAAUAAAUUGCGUCUCUCGUUCGAAAAAUCCUUUUUGUUUUGCAAGUGUGGUCGACGUACUAAAUUUAAAUGGAAUAAUCCAGGAGGACAGGAAGGCGAUGGUAGAUACUACUGUCUUCUGGCUAAAUAUACUCAUCGCCUCUAGGUGACGCAAUCUCGGAAUUAAGUCACUGAACUCAUCGUAAAACAUGUGAUGUGAUGCUUUCAAUUGCGUAAUAUGUACACAAAGCCACAACCUUCACCACCUCAGCAGCAGCAGCAGCAACAGCAGCAGUCUCUGGACCCAUCGCAGCAGUGGACUGUCCAUGCCCAAUUCACGAUAUCCCAUGAUGGGAUCGGAGACCCGAACACUGCUCCGCAGACUCAUACCGAACAGGACGAAAACGGCGUGCGGAUGGUCUACACCUGGACCUCGCAGCCGAACGCGAGCGAAGAGCAACCACCUGAGACGGGCGGUUCCUUCCAGAAAGGCAAUUUACUCUUUACGUCAACCCCUCCGCAUCGCGACUCCAAGAACGUAGAUUCUUCGGGUUAUGGUAGCGAGAUGCUUUCGCCCAACUCGUACGCGAGCGGGCAUUUCGGUGGCCGCAGGAAUUCUCAGGCCUACAACAGAAGAUGCAAGAGCACCUGCAGCAUCGUCCUCUCCACCAAUUUCAACGAGCAGGUCGGCAAAGCCGAUGAUUCAGAAUGUCAAAGUCAGUGCGGUAGAACGCACAGCCUCCGCUGCCAAACGCCCACGCUCAAGUGCGAACGAAAGGACGCGUUCUACGGCUGCGGCGAUCCUUGGUGCUACCAUUCCAAUUAUGGAGACGACCUGAGGUUCUCUCCAGUACCCGAAGGUGAAGAACUCAACACCAGUUGCAGUAGCAGCAGCAAGAGGCCGUCGCGAGCGAGCACUUACAGCACGCAGCAUCAUCCCCGUUCUAAGAGUUCGCCUCCUAGGACGACGGACAAGUGCAAAGACGCUUGCGUGCAAACGUACGAGAUGAUUGAUAAAUGCACGUCGCCGCUGCUGAAACCCGAACAGGGCUUCAAAUUUAACAGGAAAUCCAAAACGAAGUAUCAGGGUCGUAGGAAGACCGAACCCAUUCAUCAACGUUCUCAUUCGCCUUCGUCGUCAUUCACUCCAGAUAGUCUCGACAGUCAAAAGAGUAAAAGAGCUUUGAGAGCAUUGCCAUCGCGUUUGGCAGCUCCAGAAUUGAACACAAGCAAUUCCAGUGGCGACAAGAAACCUCGCACAGUGCACAUAGAUGUGUACUGCACCGGAACAGAAAUAGAUUCUGAUUCGACAACUUCGACAUCCGAUUCUGAUGAUAAGACCGCUUCCUCUCCGCAAACGGUCUUCGAAUCUGGUAAAUUGAAGAUAACUCACAAGCGGACGGAAGAUGAUCUGCCCUAUCACUUGAAGAAGAACUUCAGCGGUAAGAGCAAUGAGAUCAGCUCGGCCUAUCCGUCGCGCAGUUCCAUCUCCAACAUUCGCGAUUUCGACUCGAGCUUCUCCAGCGUGCCCAAGUCGUGGUCCACUAUCUCAAUGUCUAGCUACGCCCUACCCGAUGACGAUUCGUUGGCAAAUACGUCCUGGAAGGACACAGUCUCCGAUUUCGGUUCGAUGAGUCGCAGCAGCACCGCGCAAACGGAUAGUUUGGAUUUUGUGCCCAGGAAGCUGUUUCAUAAUCAAACUAGAUCGAGCAUAGAUGAGCAGCCUGAGCUGGACAAGGAUUUCGGUAGCAGCAGAGGUAGUUUGCAGCCGAGCGACAGUUUCGAUUACGCGAAUUCGGAGGAUCGAAUGCGGAUCGAAAAUAUGGAGAGGAUGUGGAACAAGUGGAAGUCACCAGAGGCGGAGAGGAGUCACGCUCUGCAACAGCAGAAGAUGAAAGAGUAUAUAGAGAGGAGGAUUGGUGACAGUGCAGAUAAAUCAGAUUCGGACGAGAGCGAUGGUUCGGAGAAACGGUGGACGUUCAUCAAAGACGACGAAAAGAAGCUUGAGCGAGAUUUGACGGUGCGGAGGGCGAGCAAGGAGGAUAAACCGUGCAAGUCGCCCAGUGUAUUGAUCAUCAAGAAUAAGAUGAGCAAAGAUCCGACUCUGAGGGCGCCUUUUACUGUGGUUCCGGGGAUAUUUACGGAGCAGCGGGAGAUCGCGAAGAGGUUUGGGAAGAUCGUGGAUGUGUUCAAGAAGCCCGGUCACCAUGUGGGGCCGGCCAAGAACCCGGACUGUUCUUGCGACACGUGCAAGAAUUACUUCGCGAAUACUCGUUUUCGCGGCCGGACUCGAUCCAUGGACAGUGAAUAUAGUAACUAUUACAAUUGGAAAACUAUGAACCGAGGCUCGGAACCGCCGAAGACCGAUUCGAGUCUAGGCUACACGGAUUUUUGAUUGAUUUCCAAUUCGUAUCCCCUUUUGUUUAAUUUUAUUUUUGCCAUCGCCGCGUUAUUUUUGCAUUUAUUUCUAUACGGAUAUCUAUUUUGUUAAUGUUACUUUCGUAUUCGGUUGUUAACGACCCUGUCCCCAUUUUGUGUUCCUCGCUUUAAAAUUAGUGUUUACGUUGGAUGGGAAUGAUUUUUGCGUAGGCC